AUGAAGUUUACCAGAGAAAUUGAGAAAGCUAAGGACAAAAGGUUUUUGGUAGAGGAAGAUAAAAGAGUAAUCCCCGUUCAUGAACAUAUAAAAGACGAUGUUAUCGAUAAUCGGCUAUACGACCAAGCUGAUGUUUAUAAUAAGAUGAUUUUAACAACGGACAAUCCAAUGUUUGGAGAGCAGCCAUUUUUCUCAUAUGUAUUGAAUGAUUAUUUUGAUAAAACGAAUGAUUACGACCCCCUAACAUUCAAAGAUUUAAGUUGGGGCAAAGAAUUUGAUCAAGAGAUGCCAUUACCUGAUAUAGGUGAUUAUUCUAAAGACUUCCAUCCCUUUAAUGAAGUGCCGAGACGUAAAAAUGUUUACGGUUCCGAUGAUAAACUAGUGAAAAAAUAUUCACAUACUACAAAAGAAAGAAAUAAUAACAAUAAUCUUUUAGAUUCUGAUACAAUUCUUGUUGAUUCUGAACAAGAAGACGACCAAAGCCAACAUAGACAGUCGUAUCGUAAUUUUAAAGGAGAUAAUGAUGUUGGUUUUAAGGAAUUUGCGGAUUACUUUGCAACUAGAUUUGGAUCAGAGAAUCAUAACAAUAAGAUUAAUUAUAACGGUAAUAAGAUAAUAGAUAAAGGUGAAAAUAAGAAAGGUUUUAGGAAAGUCUACCAUAAAGACGAAUAUCAAGAAGAGACGGAGUUCCACGAUAAUAAUAAUGAAAAAGCUAGUGUAGAUAACAACAGUGACUCGCAAGUGAAUGUUGGUGGUGUAGAGAAAGUAGCACACGCUCAAGCAGUAGGGGCUUCUGGCAGUAAUAACACUAGUACAGAAUUAAAAGAAAGUGAGACCAGAAAAAGAUCUAAUAAAAGCUAUAAAACGGAACAACCACAAAAUAAUGGACCGGACUUCAAACAAUACAGAGACGUCGCAAGAGAUGCGGUACUGAGCAACAACGCUGAUUAUAUCGAUAACUAUAUGAUAUAA